UUAACCACAGGAAUAAUCAAUCAAUUUUGAUUCACUAAACAAUGGAAAACAAUUUUUUGAAAGAAUUACAAAAACUAUCUACCAUGAGUAGAAAAAAUCGAAACCUACGUCCAACAUUGGAAAAUUGUCUAUUAUUUGCUUUUCAUCAACCGAAACCAUUGUUUGGGGACAAAGAACGUGCCGAAGUUGAAUGUAUGGUGGAAAAAAUCAUUCCUAUUCUAAAGGAAUUCUUUAUCCAAUUGAGUAUAAGUCUUGUACCUGAUACAGUGGAAACUGCUCAACGUUUUCGUUCUGGUCUUCAAUAUAUUGUUGAUGAGCUUGGUAAUGGAUCCAUUUUAGACAGAGUUCCUUGUGUACAGGUUGAUGAAUAUAUUAAAAAUUGUAAGGAAUUAUCUUUGCCUAUCGAAUAUCCAUCUGUUCAUUAUUCUCAUGUGACCGACGAACAAAUCUCUCGUAUCCCUCACAAUCAUUGGUGGUGGUUUGUACAACCUAUAUCCGACAAUGAUUCGGAUGAACAACAAGAUGAAAAAGUUUAAAUAAAACGAUCUAUUAAUUUUCCAAUAAGCGAUUAUCAUCUUAAAAAAUUUUCUGCAAUGGUAUUGAGAAUGGUCAAAAUUUGGGACUAAUCUCCAAGGAAAAAGAAAUAUAUUUUGCCACCAUUGUGCCAAAGUGGACUACGAUCGAGGAUGGUCUUUUUUUUCUCAUAUCAAAAGACUCAAUCUCAAUCAUAUCGAGAUAAGAAUAGCUGAGGAUUUUUUUUAUAUUACCUGUGAAAUCAAAAUUGACAAAUAACGCUUUGCGUUUAUAUUGAGAAUUGAAUACAAUCUCAUUGGGCGAGACGACAACAUUGUACAUUAUCAGCAUUUGAUGUUGAUUUUGAUAAAUUAUCAAAAUAUCAUGGAAUUCUAACGACAAUGGAAAAAAAAAUAUUAAAAUUAACCAUAGGAAUAAUCAAUGGAUUGCAUUCAUUUUUUUCACGACACCUAUCCUAAAUCCAACACUAAUUUAAACGAACAAAAUGGAAAAUAAAUCAUUUUGGAGAGAAAACGCCGUUAAAACAAUGAAAAUGUUUUAUCAAAGUUUCAACGGAAGUCAAUAUGAUGAAUACAAAAUCGGUACCGAGGACGAAAAACUAUUACUUGCAAAAAUAUGUUUUGCCAUUUAUGGUCCUCCAACCAUUAGCGAAGCUGAAGAACUUUGGCAAGGUUAUACCAAUGAACAACGUACAGAAGGCGAAAAGUUUUUGAAAAUUAUUCUGGAUGUUCACAAGGAAAAAAGACAAGGUUUUUCACGUCUUUUUGUUGGAAUCAUAUUCAUUUAUUGUAAAACAGAAAAAAAUGAAUUUCCUUUACCAAUAUUCCGAAUGUAUACUGGAUCUUAUUCGCAACCAAAAGCAGCUAAUGAAGAUUCGAAUGUUUUUAUUGAUAUGCAACGACGAACUUAUUCUGAUUGGAAUGAUUGGAAAUGUAAUAAUGUCUUGCCAAAGCUUGAGUAUUGUUAUCCUAAACUUGGUUUUUUUACUGCUUUUGGUGCUGGUAAUAAUUUCGUAUUCGAUCCAGACAAAGAUCCUGAUAUUGAAUUUGGAAAGUCGCCCGCUUGUAAGGCUUCUUCUAGUUUUUUAAACUUCGCUGAUAGUAUCACUACAGUAACAACAUUUGCAUGCGGAGCCAUUGGAAUUGCUUCGAUGUUCACACCACUUGCUCCCUUUGUUUUGUUAGGUUCCGCAUACGCUGGCGGUUCCUCUGCUAUUUACGGAACAUUUCGAGCCAUUAAUCGAUUGGUCGAUAAAGGGUCCCAUGGCGAAAGUUUAACCGAUAAGGAAAGCUUUUUUCUUUGGUUUAGUAUUGCUGCCACACCGCUAAACUUUACAAGCUCAAUGGUCAAUGCUGCUUUGGUUCGUGGUGCCACAGAGGAAGGUCGAAUAUUUAGUAGUUCUAUGCGUAUGUUUGCAACGAUAUUGAAUUUCAGCACACUUGGUGUCGAUAGCAUUAUGAUUGGUUUUGGUAUCGCUAAUCUGAUUGAAAAAUCUAAAAAUAAUCAGCUCACCUCUCUCGAUGUAUUACAAUUUUCAAUGAGUUUAUUCUUCUUUACCAAUAAUUUAAUUCAACCAAAAAUGGCCGCUACUAUUAUUCAAAAAGCUCAAGAAAAACAUAUUCAGGCAUAUUCAAAAUCAUUGACCGAUGUUGAUGCACAGAAAACAUUCGACAAAUUUUUGGCUGACAACAAAGGAAGUGGCUCGAUUAAAGAUAGAUCAAAGAUAGUUCGAACAAUAAAUAAAAUAAAUGAUCCGAACAAGCUUUUUGCCAAUCUAAAAGAUUCAACAAAAAUCGAAAUUGGUGGCCGAAAAGGACGUACUUUGUUGAUUAGUGACGGAAAUAAUUUAAAACAUCGUAUAAGGCCAAAUAAUAAUGUAAAAUUUACUAGCAAAGUACGACAAUUUGGUGCAGUUAAUUUACAACGACAGACACGAAAAUGUUUAGAAAAAAUCAAUGCAGAUAAAAUUGAAAUAGAUGGAAAAAAGAUUUUCGACAAUUUGAAUGACCGUCAAAAAUCACGUUUAAACAAUGUAAUUGGUGAUACAGCUGGCAAAAAUGAGAAUAUUCUUAAUGAAGCUAUCAGCAUCGUUAUUGGCAUGGGAAUGAACAAUAUCGAUGAUGUAUUGAGCAUUGUUGAAAUUCUUACUGCAGAACUUAAAAAUUGUUUCCGAAUCGUGAUAUGAAAACAAUCAAUUCAGAUCAUUUCCAAUUCAUUGACAAAGAAUCAUUUAUUUGGAACAUUUUAUCUGAUUCUAAAAUAGCAAUGGAUAUUGCCAGUAAAAAUGAUGUUCAUUUUGAAGAUCCAUUGAAAGCAGUUUAUCAUUAUCGUAAACAUGGCCAUGAAUUUCCGAACGUUCUUAAACAGAAUCGAAUCGAUGUUUAUUUGGAUAAACUUCCAAAACAUUUGAUUGAUAUUACAAAUUUGACUCAAAUUGAGACUGUAACAAAUGAUGUGGAUAAAACUUCGUUUGUACGAAAAUAUUACAUGACUACGGAUGAUAAAUUUGCCGUUGUGAUUGAAAAUUUAGAUGGAAAAACAAUUAGUUCAAUGUAUCGAAAACUUGGUUGUUAUAAUGAACAUCAUUCGCAAUUUCCUACUACCAAUGAUCAACAACAAUGGUCGAUCGAUCCAUUUGAUGGUAUCCAUGAACAAUUGGCUAAAUCAAUGGGAUUCCGUGCCCAUAUACCAAUCUAUCUUAAUUUUGAAGAACCAAACGAUGAUAGUGAUCGUCGUCCAUCAUCCGAAAACUAAAAAUGUGAUUAAAUUGUCAUAGAAAAAAAGUUUAAAUAAAAUGAUGAUGAUCAAUUUAAUUUUUAAAAGUAGAAA